CUAUACCUGAAUCCCACACUUUUGAGAUACCUUUUGGACCCAUUGCUCGAUAACCAGGAACGCGGGUUCUUCCCGUACAAGUACUGCAUACAUGACCUUGGUACUCACUAUCCCAGGUGUAUUGGACACAGAGAUGGCAAACAGGAGGACAUGGAGGUUGAGGAAAGUGCUAAUAUGGUGAUCAUGAUGUCGGCGUACGUGAGGGCUACUAAUGAUACAGAGUUUGCCGAAAAACACUAUAAUAUAUCGAAACAGUGGACCCAGUAUUUAGUGGACCACGGCUUGGUCACAGGCACAGCCCUAACCACUGAUGACUUUUUGGGCCCAAUCGUAAACUCGACGAACCUUUCGGCGAAAGCCAUUAUAGGCAUCGCAGCGAUGGCUCAGUUGUCGGAUGCGGUCGACAAUCGCGCCGAUCGACAGAAAUACAGAGAAAUCGCCGAAAAAUAUGUGACCGAAUGGAUGCGUAUGGGUGAAGACCCCUCUCAAAAACAUCUCAAAUUGAGUUAUAAUUCCCCAAACACCUGGUUUAUGGUCUAUAAUCUCUAUGCCGAUCGACUAUUGGGAACUAAAUUGAUACCGGAAUCGAUUUAUAAACAACAGGACGAGUGGUACCUACAGGUGCUAAAUAAAUACGGACUACCAUUGAGAAGUGGCGAUACAUUAACUAAAUUUGACUGGAACCAUUAUACAGCCGCUUCAUCCACUAAUACCUUGCUCAGGCAAUCUAUAUUUGAUAGGAUUGCCCUAUGGCUAAGGGAGGCACCUAAACAUGUACCAUUUUCGGACAAGGUAUUGGAGCGGUGUUCGCACCAUUAG